CGCGUUAGACUCUCCUUCUCUACAGUCUUACUGGUCUCCCUGCUCAAAUUAGUCGUUAGUUGCCAGCACGCCAGUGACCGCAGUAAUGAGGACGAACGCGAAGAAGUGAGGACAGUUGUCACGAAGAACCUGUUGCUUUCCUACGAGAUAUCUUUUACACAUAAAUGCAGUCAGCUGCAGUCAGUAUAGCUUACAGUGUUUCUUCGCGAUUUUCAAGUGAUUAUAAAAUUUACGAUCAAAGGUGUCUAGAAUGGCAAGUGAAGACCAAAUCAGAUAUGCUCUUCACAAAGCGAUAGAAGCUAGAGACGAGAAGCUCGUCCAGGAUCUUGUAAAAAUUGGCUGCAAUGGUAGAGAUUGUGAGGGCAGGACACCGUUGCACUUGGUGGCGACGAGGCCAUUCGCCCACAAGUCGGGGCAUUCCAAAAGUCGGCGCGAAAAAUUCGUUCCAAUGGAUGAAGAGGAGGUUCAGUCCCGCGUGAGAAUCGCGAAUCUGUUAAUCAACGCUGACGCCAACAUCAACAGUAAAAGCCACAGCGUUACUGCUUUAACCUGCUGCUCGGUGGUGUUGAAAACUCCCUUGGAAGAAGCUGCUUUAUGUCAAAACGACGCCAUAGUCGAGCUUCUCCUGCAGUACGGCGCUGAGAUCAAUGCCAAAACACAAGGUAAAACCAGUUGCUGCACUGCCUUGCACUCGGCUUUGACUUACUAUCAAGGAAACACCGGUCUCGUGAAAAUGCUGAUCGAUUACGGCAGCGACGUCAACGCCGUCAACCAUCGGGGCAAUACACCGCUUCACUUGGCUGUCGAGCACCCAGAGUAUUGUUCCGCUGAACUGAUUGAAUUAUUCCUGAAACACGGCGCCGACAUUAACGCCAAGUCGCGGCAAACUGGCGACACGGCCCUCCACUUGGUCGUGAAUCGUUUUCGAACAAACACGUACCCCACGAUCACCUCGCCGACAUUUCAUAUUGGUAACGACUUUAUAAACUACGAAUCCCGAGACGUGCCAGAUAUGAAGCUCGUGAAAGUCUUAUUGGAACACGGGAGCGACGUCAACGCUGUCAAUCGUCAGGGCGAUACACCCCUUCACUUGGCUGUGAAGCAUCCGACUCAAUUUUCCGACGAACUGAUUAGAUUGUUUCUAAAAUACGGUGCCAACGUCAACCUCAAAGAACGGCAUACCGGAAACACUCUCCUGCGCUGUGCUGUAACUCACUUUCAAGGCAACGUUAACAUCCUGGAAAUCCUGUUGGAACACGCUGACGUCAAUGCCGUCAACACUGUGGGCGAAACGCCACUCCACUUGGCUGCUAAGAGCACAGCUCGAUGUUCCGUCGAUAUGAUUGAAUUGCUCCUGAAAUACGGCGCCGACGUCAACUUUAAAGCACGAUACAGCGGAAACACCGCUCUGCACUUUGCUGUAAAUAACUUUCAAGGAAAGUUCUACAUCGUGAAAAUACUUUUGGAGCAUGGUGACGUUAAUGCCGUCAACCGUGCGGGCGAAACGCCGCUUCAUUUAGCCGCUAGGAACCCUAAAUGUUCUAUUGAGCUGAUCGAAUUAUUGCUAAAACACGGGGCUGAUGUGGAUAAGAAACGCAAAUCUACCAACGACAGCGCGUUUCAGUUGUACAUCGACGCACAUCUGCCGUCAUCCGUCGAUCCGACGUUGCUAAAGCUACUUUUAUUGGGCAAUGAUCGAGAGGAUCAUAAUCGCACGAGCCCGUUACACGAUGCCUGUCUAUUCCACCGAGUCGACUCGGUUCGUGAGUUGUUGCGGGCUGGUGCUGACCCCGUCGCCAAAGACAGUUUUGGCCAUGUUCCUAUGUUUUACGCUCUUGUUGCACGUCUGCCUACUAAGAUGUACCAUAAGUUUUUAACAGUGAGAUUGCUGAUGGAUUACUGUAUCGACCUCGAUCAGAAAUAUGUUUUCCUUACUAUCGGACAUGACAAGUUUGGCUGGAAAAAAGGGGGUGACAGUAGCGAUAAGUUCAUCAAUAUAUUCUACAAUUACGCAAUCCAGCGUAUGGAACUGAGCAAUGGCCUUGACGGGAGGAUACUGAAAAAAUUUGUUCUCCUUCCGUGUCAGAGAACAUCACAAGACUAUGGGUUUUGGUUUACGAUGGGUAAAUGGUAUAAAGAAUAUCGUAGCAGGUUGGUUGCUGAAUCACAGUACGUCAUCGAGUUGCGGUUGAUGAGAGAUACGAUGGUGGGAAAAAGCGAGAUAUCGUUUUUGGAUUUGUUAGAGGGCAUCAGUGAACAGAAGGUGCUCACAGCUUACGGGAGAAAUUAUAAGCAACUGGCCAAAGACUUUGAGGCUGGCAAGUCCAAGUUCUUACAGUACCAGGGUGUACUGGAGGCCAGUUUUUACAAGGGCUAUAACGAGUGUAUGAAGCUCAUAAAAAAUGGUGCCGGAGCAUUGAGCAUUGCUUUAGGUUUUGGUUAUUCUGUCGAAGUAUGCUUCCGAAAGUACCUUAGUUAUUACAGCAAAGAAGAAUUGGAGCGUUUAAAUGAGUGAUGGUGCUGUUUUCAAUUGAUCGAGUUAAUGGCUGCUGAAAACAUUUGAACCUGAAGCGGCACCUGAAAUGACAAACUUUUCAACAUGUCUGAGCGUUGGUCAGGAUCUUUGAGCUAUUCGAUCAUUAUUAUCGGAGGAUCGUCAAGAUAAAAAUGUUUAGAGCAUGUCAAUUACGAGUAAAUAAUUUUAAAAAGAAAUCCAAGAAUUCAAUUGGAUUAUUUGUUUUUACAUUUAUUUUAGUUGUUUCAAUUGUUUUCUGUGAAAUUAUUUGGUUUCUAAAUAAUAGAAAUAAGACUGUAAGCUAGAAAUAAGAACUCCUAAUAAGACUAGAGUAAAAUGAACAAAUGCAUUGUUUUUAUAGCCAAAUAUCAACGUUAAAGUUUGAGUAUGUACGCAAACAAGCUAUGUUGCAGAGAUAAAUUAUUCUAAAUGACAAGACUUAUUUUGUUAUAAAAAUACAAUAUACAUUUUUUUAUGAAUAAAUGAUUAUUCAAAACUUCAAAAA